AUGUCGUACUUGGAGAAAGACGUUUCCGGUCCAGUACCGGUGGACGAUGGGCAACGCGCCGAGAACGCGCCAAUCGCCCUUCCCAGUGACAGCGGCCUCCACGUACACCAUGGCUCCGACCACGAUGCCCGUCAGGCGCGCGGGGCGUCGGCACUAAUAUCGCCGUUAUACACCGUUCAGCCGGAGACUUCUUUUCCCGUGGUCACAGACGCUCCCAGCGGACCUUUGCCGAAGCGUGCCCAGCGAAUAUGUGGACUGAGGAGGAGGACCUUCUGGAUUCUGGUCAUUCUCUCGUCGGUUGUCAUAGUAGGGGCUGCAGUAGGAGGAGGCGUCGGUGGAACCAUGGCAAGGAGGUAUGCAGACCAGAUCCGGACACCGUCACUCAUCACUACUCCAGGUAUAAUAAUAACCAACACCAGCUCGUCGACUACGUCGUCCAUCCCCACGUCUUCAGUCCAAUCGUCGAAUACUAGCAUCCCUCCCACCCCAUUAGCCAGCAGCAGCACCAACCCGAGAAUGGAAUUCAGCAUGCAAAUUUGGGAGGAACCGGCUUUUGGUGGCCGGAGCCAAAUCUUCUACGCGCCCGGCUCCUACCAGACCGCCUUUCUAGCCAGGAGCUACAUGUGGCGCCCAGGACAGUUCGACUUGGACACAAUGCAAGUAUGCUCAAUGGCAUACUGCUUCGGUAGCAACCAACUCGGUUGGCGGGGUUCAACUGAAACGGAGCAGCCGGGCUUCCCUCAGAACGCCUCGUGGGGUGCAGAUAAUAUUGUUAUUGCUUGUGCUGAUAGCUUUCUUGCGCCGCCGUGUCCGGGCCCUUUGGCUCUGUCGUCCUUCUAUACGGUGCCAGUCAUCGAGACGGCUACUGGGGAUUCAGCUGUACCUUCUUCAACAACAACAUCAAUCUUGUAG